AUGCUACGUCAAUACGACUCUACAAUAAUACAGCCAACUUACUCUAAUUUGAUCAGUCAGAAUACAAGUCUUCUUCAAACUGCCAUCGAUAGUAAAGUCGCAAAAACGGAUACCAUUCCGUAUGCAAAAAUAACAAAUGCUCCAGAUCUCACCAUCUACGAGAAGAAAUUAACAUUUGCUGGACCUAUAAUUUCCAGAGAUACAUCUAACACCGUUUUGGUCAAUACCGGAAACAUCACUACUCUUGGGACACUCACAUCUCUUAACGUAACAGGCGCUUUGACCGCCGGCUCCAGAAGCAGUCCUACCUUGACAAAUUAUCUUACAACAGCAAAUGCAGCCACAACGUAUCAACCACUUAAUGCUCGUCUUACAAAUUUUGGGAACAUUGCACCGACAAAUACGUACAUGCUUAUCGCAAGCGGAGGCAAUUCAUUCAGUAUUCCCCAGCAGACUUCGGCGUUGGUGAACAAACCUACGCUUGGUUCACUUGCAGCACUUAGCAGUAUAGAUUACACUUCGGCUUUACUUACGAACAAGCCUACACUUGGUUCGCUUGCAGCCCUUAGCAGUAUUGACUAUGCUUCGGCUUUACUUACAAACAAGCCUACACUUGGCAGUUUGGCGGCUAAAUCCGUUAUCAAUCUUGCAAGUGAUGUCAGCGGGGUCCUUCCCGUUGCCAGUAUCGAUCCUAACAUUGUGCUUGCAGGAACGGGUUUAACUAAAACUGCUCAGACUUUAAGUGUCAAUCCUGUACAAACACAAAUUACAAGUAUCGGUACUUUAACAGGUCUUUCCGUUUCUGGUUCUAGCACAUUUACAGGGUCAAUAACCGUACCUACUCCAACCACGGCUUCGCAUGCUGUGACAAAAUCAUAUGUGGAUGGAUUGAUUUCUACAACGCAAACGGGAGCGCAACCGCUAAAUGGAAAAUUGACUGCUAUUUCUUCGAGCACCGCCACUCUCAACAAUUUCCUUGUAGGAGAUGGAACGAAUUAUAUCAGUACGACUCCAUCAGCAUCUAGGACGGCUUUGGGUUUAGGCUCGAUUGCAUUGAAGAAUUCUAUAGAUUUAGCAAACGAUGUUGGAACAACUGUCCUUCCAUAUGCCAACAUUGACGGAACCGUCGCCUUGAAAUCCUAUGUAGAUGGUUUAGUCCCAACUGCAGGAACGGGAUUGACAAAAACAGGAAACGUUUUCAGCGUUAAUGCUAGUCAAACAGGUAUAACAUCUCUUGGGACCCUAUCAUCAUUGAACGUUAAUGGAAAUGCGAACUUUGCUGGAGAUGUCACGGUGUCAGGAAAUGUAGUUGUAUCAACUGUCCCGACAUUGGGGACACAUCUUACAAAUAAGACAUAUGUUGAUACGCUUCUUAGUGCUGGAACAGGAUUGACACGUAGUGGAAACAUUUUCAGCGUAAAUGUGGCUCAGCCUCAGAUAACAUCUGUUGGAACGCUGUCAUCUUUGAAUGUUGGUGGAAAUGCGAACUUAUCCAAUGGUCAAAUUGCCGGAACGACUGAUUCUACGUCGACAAAUUCAGGUUCGCUCCAAGUUGUUGGCGGAGUUGGUAUUGGGAAAAGUGUGGUGGUUGGCGGCACCGUGUUCCUAGGAGGAACAACGGCGAACCUGAAUACCACAACAGGACAGACUUUGAAUAUAAAUAACGCUGCAUCGACUGUAGUUGCUUCUACUCUUGACUCCAACGCUAUAAAUGCUGGUUCUCUCCAAGUUGCAGGCGGGGUUGGAAUUGCUAAAUCAUUAUACGUCGGUGGAUAUGGAAUCAUAAAGGAAUCUACAGCCGGAAAUGGACUUUCUGUAGGUCUUAUAAACUCCAACGGUGGAGGUUGGACUUUGUGGCAUAUAGGUCAAACUAGUGGCCGUGGAACUAAUAAUUUCGGUUUGUACAAUAAUAUUGCCGCAAAUCUUGCGUUAUCGGUGAAUGUGGCAACAAAUGCAUUAACUAUCAAUUCGGUAUCGGACUCAAAUGCUACAAAUGCUGGCGCUUUACAAGUCGCCGGAGGAGUUGGUAUCGCCAAGAAAUUGACCGUAGGGAGUGAUGCGAGUUUUGUCGGGUCAAAUCAAAGUAUCUUUUGGUACAACGGUUCGGUAUCAAUACCCACAUUCGGAAGCAGCAUAACGGGCAACGUUUCAGCAGCAGGGUACUUUUCCUCAAAUUCGGCUAUUGGCGAUAUGGUAAUUCGGGCACAGUACAAUAAUGCACCAACGAACUUACGAUUCGCUAACGGACCCGGCGUAUCAAACCUUGAUAUAUUGACAAAUGGAAAUGUUCUAAUCAAUACAACAACCGACUCCUCUUCUACAACAACUGGCGCUCUAACAGUUGCUGGAGGUCUAGGUGUGGGAAAAUCUCUAUUUGCUGGUUCAGCCGCCACGGGAAGUCAUACAAUGCAAGUAAACUCGACAUCUGUCGAUGUUUUGAAACUUCAGAGUCUUUCGGCAUCUGGGUUUUCUACUAUCGGUUUCCUUAACAACACAGGAACGGUAGUGGGGGCUUUUGGUUACGCAGGAGUCAAUAUGACCGCUCCAAAUGCUGGGAACUUUUUUCUCUAUUCCGGUUCGAAUGCCAAUUUCAUAAUCAACUCUAAUCUGCCAUCUGUACAGAUUCUUUCCACUAUAGAUUCUACUACGACAACAUCAGGUUCCCUUCAGGUGAGAGGUGGAGCGGGUAUUGCAGGGAAUGUCAAUUUUGGUAAAGACUUGACUGUUAACGGCACAAUCUACUCCAAUAUCUCCUCCACCGGACCUAUUGUUAGCAGCCAUCUUGGGACACCGAACUUGGCAGCGGGGAGUUUCACGACUUUACAGAUUGGAGUAGGAGCGGCUACAAAUAGCAUGGCCAGGCGGGUCUUGCAACCAAUACGUUGGGUUUGGGAUUAUGGAAUGCACCACAAGGUCUUACAGUGGACGGAACAGGUUCACAAGGUCCUCUCUCCAUAG